ACUAGGUGUGGCCUCCAGCAAAUCAAACAACUGUAUUGUGCAUACCGGUUUGUCGUUAAAUGAAGUAGGCGGGGAAGGAAGCGAGUAAGAUAGCACUGAAAUUACUGGAAAUGCGGCAUACUUCACUUCUUCUAACUGCAAAGAACUUCCAGCACAGUUUAUGCCCCAGAGGAGGAUAGCAUGAGUGCCGAGGAAACUAUCUCACCAGAACAAAUCUCACCAGAACAAAUUCCAGACAGCACUCAGCCAGCCAUGGAGAAUGAACAAGAAGAAAGCCAGGUGGCAGAAAGAGAAGAAGAAAGCACAAAGACUUUGGGUAAUGACAAUGAACCUGUAGACUCUUGUGAUGGUAACACUCAGUCCUCUACUGAACCCCGACCUCAGGAAGUAACAUGUGAUUCCUGUAUGGAGAACCCCCGCAAGGCGUCCAAGUCCUGUCUCACCUGUUUGGUGUCUUACUGCGAGGAGCACCUGAGGCCUCAUCUGGAGAACAGUAAGUUUCAGAGCCACAGGCUGGUGGAGCCACAGCUGGACAUGGAGCUGCGCACCUGCCAGCAUCACCAUCUGGACCUUGAGUUGUACUGCCUGACGGACAGCUGCUGCAUCUGUUCCAACUGCGAGACAGAAGAGCACCAGGGACAUAGCAUCACUCCAAUAGGAGAGGCCCGCAAACAUAUAGAGGGAGAGAUUCAACAAAAACAGAAGGAAAUGCUGAAGACUUUGUCAGCAGCAGAACAGGCCAUCAACAAGCUACAGAGCAACACUGAAUCCAUAGAAAGCUCUGUGGCUGGAGUACGUGCUGUAAUCGAGCAGCAGUUCUCAGCCCUGCAAGCAGCAGUUGAGGAUGCUCAAAAAAGCACCUUGGAAAUCCUGGAGGGGGAACACAAACAAGCUCUAAAUCAAGCAGAAAGCAUUCAGACCCACCUAGAACAGAGGAUUGGUGAGCUGAAGAAGACCAUGGCGCAGGUGGAGCGGCUCACCAGGAAUAAGAAUGACGUUGAUUUUUUACAGGAAUACACAGACUGGAGAAAGGGCUUGAUAGAUGUCUGUUUACCGGGUGUUUACAUCAGCCUCAUAGACCAGCUGGCCACAUUUAACCAUGUUGUCAAAGAAUCAACUCAGAAGUUGUGCGAACUGGUGCUGUCCACCUAUAACGUUCAGCUCAAGGAACUCUGCAAAAGUGAGAAACUAGGUAUUAAGACGAUGGUGCAGCCAAGUUCCCCGACCACACAACAAGCAUCUUUCCCAGAGCCUGUAACUAGGGAUGACUUCCUUAAAUAUGCCAUCAAUCUAAGCUUCAAUCCUGACUCCACACACAAGUUCUUGAGACUCACUGAGGACAAUAGAAAAGCCAGUAACACCACACCGUGGCAACACAACUACCCCGAUACAUCUGACCGCUUCGAGUACUGGCGGCAAGUGAUGACCUCAGAGAGCCUUUACCUGGGCCGGCACUACUUUGAGGUGGAACUGACUGGAGAGGGGGCCUAUGUGGGACUCACCUACAAAAGCAUUGAUCGCAAAGGCCAAGAAAGCAGCAGUUGCAUCACAGGCAAUGACUUCUCAUGGUGUUUUGGACGAGAAAGCCACGGCUACUCAGCAUGGCACUCUGAUGUAGAGACCUCUCAUGAAGUGGGAGAGUUCCCCAGGAUUGGAUUCUAUGUGGACUACGAGAAGGGACAGCUGGCCUUCUAUGGCGUAGCCGAAACUAUGAACCUCCUUCAUACGUACACCGCUAACUUUCUUGAACCAUUAUAUCCUGUGUUUUGGCUCUCCAAGAAGGACAAUGCUGUUGUUCUUGUUAAGCCAGGCGACUAAUUUAUGAUACUUUAAGAGAAAGAAUGAAGGUUGAAGAGAUGAAGAAAUUCAUAGGUAUUUUAUUUUCUUAAGCACAUAAAACAACAUUGUGUAUUCAUUGUCCAAAGGUGAAUUUAUAAAUCAUUUGAGAAUCUACCUUAGCUUUUAUCACUGAGCCGAUCAUAAUAAAGUAUUACAUUUUCUUCUUAUAGAAUGGUCAAAGAAGUAAUAAAUGGAUAAAUAACUA